AUGAACGGGCUGCCGUCGGCCGAGGCGCCGGGCGGCGCGGGCUGCGCGCUGGCCGGGCUCCCGCCGCUGCCGCGCGGCCUCAGCGGACUCCUGAACGCCAGCGGCGGCUCGUGGCGGGAGCUGGAGCGCGUCUACAGCCAGCGCAGCCGCAUCCACGACGAGCUGAGCCGCGCGGCCCGCGUCCCGGACGGGCCCCGCGGCGCCCCGGGCGCUGCCAACGCCGGCCCCGCCGCCGGCCCCCCCGGCCCGCGGCGCCCCGUCAACCUGGACUCGGCUCUGGCGGCGCUGCGCAAAGAGAUGGUGGGGCUGCGGCAGUUGGACAUGUCCCUGCUGUGCCAGCUGUGGGGCCUGUACGAGUCUAUCCAGGACUACAAGCACCUGUGCCAAGACUUGAGCCUGUGCCAGGACCUGUCCUCCUCCCUGCACUCAGACAGCUCCUACCCACCUGAUGCUGGCCUGUCUGAUGACGACGAACCUCCUGACGCCAGCCUGCCCCCAGACCCGCCUCCCCUCACCGUGCCCCAGACGCACAAUGCCCGUGACCAGUGGCUGCAAGAUGCCUUCCACAUCAACCUCUGA